AGUAGCACUGCCACCAGCAACGUCCCUUCAACCGACCUCGAUGUGCUCGUUCUACCUGUCUUCAAAUCUCCUUCAGUGUAGCUUGAUCUCACUCCUGCUUCACUCUUAUGCUCCAUUUAGCUCAGAACUCGUGCUAGAAUAGCUGUCCUCAGUCGCCCAGACGCACUUCCCCCGGGCCAGCGUGGUGAUUCGAUGGCCAUCGAUAGACUUAGCAUCAGAAGCAUGUUUGGCACGGUGGUCCACAAUCGAAGCUUAUUUCCCUCUUAUUCGGGAAAUCAUUCAGCAAUUUUUCAUCGGUGCCAUGUAUACUGCGACGCGUGUUUGGGCUUAUAAAAGGAACUGGCGGUAGUCAAAAAUGUCGCACUACAACUUGAGUUACUUGAUUCAUCACAUUUUCUUGCCUCCCAAGCUCCCCCAAUCCAAUGACUUGAGUGCGAAGAAUGAGCAUGACAUGUGUGCAGUUGUGCACGACGCAGCCCUAGCUUUCGGAAAGAACUUUUUCGCGCUUGAAGGAGGAGUUCGUUGGGUUCGCGCAGUUGGAAUGUUAAAAAGUCUCCGGUUGCUGUAUGACUCCGAAUCCUACACGAACGAAGCGAUGGAGCAGUGCAUCAAGGCUAUGACUCCAGGAGAUGUCACUGCAUGUCUUAUACGUGCUCAGAACGCCGGCUUCAUCAUUCGGAAAUUGAAUGAUAGGACGGUCUACGAAUCUUUUGAAGUCUCGGUACCCAACGAGGUCGUAAUGGGCAACAACGGAAAACUGGUUUGUGUCUACCCUGGACCUGCCAUUUCCGUGAGCUCAGAUAGGGCGAACAAUCCCCAAUUCAUACGCGAAUUGGCAAAUUUUCUCGCACACAUGAAUGUUGACGUAUUCGAAGAUGCGAUGCACACAGCUCGCAAAGCUGGAUCGCAGGUGGUCGAAACUCGGGACACCCCUCAUCCUCGCUAUAUUACCGAACUGCUCACCGGGAUUCUUCGGGGUAUGGGAUCCCCUGAAGACGUACCGCGAAUCGCCAAACGCAUUGCGGAUGAUAUUCUUUGGGAUAACACCCUCCUUCCGUGGCGUCGUUCGCCGCUAUGGCUGGUCAUCCGAGUUGCGCUUCAAACGUCGCUCCGAGAUCCCACUAAUGGCUCUCAUGCGUUAUACAAGUCCUUCAUGACAUUCUUAAUGUCGAAGCUCCUUCGAAAAGCAGUUGAAGCGGAGUUGGACAGCGAUUUGAUCUCGGUCAUGCACAAGAAACUUGCUCGACGUCUGUACAAGAUUCGCGAUACUGCUCCAUCUUUCUUACAGUCCGGGGUACUCGAUGCCGGAAAAUUUGCGCAGGCGUUACUACAGAAACGUUGGGAAGUAGUGCAAGAACAAUACGCAAACAACUCGUUGCAAGGAUGGAAUCCUGCAAGUCUGGAUUUCUUACGUGAUACCACUCUGUCGCUUACGAAGAGCAGGAGUUACAUCUCUGGUGCGAUGAAGAAAACCCGUCAAGCUUCCCCUUCCCCCUUUCACCCCAAUGAGCAUCCACGGCUCAAGACUUUGCACCAGUACAACACAACAGCCUUCACGGAGGCCUUGGAGAAGUUGAGAGAGCUAGCGUUGUACGAUUUCGAGCGUGCGAUAGAGGAUGAUAUCGAUGUCUGGGUCUGGAGUUGUUCUACCUCGCGUGAUUUUGAGAAGGGAUGCUCUACUAUCUCAGAGUGGAUAAACAUAUAUUCGAAGGAGGCAAGAUCCCGGUAUCAAGGGAAUCCGGAGGAAAUGUCCGUUAUGUUUCUGACGCUCUUGGAACUCUGGAUUGGAUUGGAUAAACUUUGUACGUCUCAUUGUGAUCUAGUCCUUCGCUACUCUCCCGAAAUUAAGGGGGGCAUCUUUACACCAUUACUCUUACGUCGAGCUCAAUCAAUUGAUCGACUGAAGACUGCGCUCCAAUACUUGCGCAAACGUCAAGACAAUGCCACCGUCUCCCUUCCCUCGAUUUUUUCUCCACGCUGCACUUCCACCACCUUUCCUGUCGCCUUUUUCAACUCUUCAUCAGAACACCAAUCCCUCAGGCAGCUUAUCGAACAGAAAGCAGAGCUCGACCGUCAGGAAAAAGUUGAGGAGCUCAACAAAAAAAACGAGCAUCACCGAAACCUCGAACGACAGGCCGCCUCACAGUCGCAUAAAGAGAGCUUCAAUGUGAGUGGUCGGCGGAUACAUAAGAAGAAAAAGUGCCCAAAGUGCAAGCUAGAGAAGGAGAUGUCCUCCAUGGAAAUCCGGGUUUUGGAAUGGCCGCUUCCCUCUGACGAUUCUGAGGCCAAAGGAACCGUCUUUGAAUUAGCCCCUCCCGUGGUAUUCAGCAUAUGGCGGGAUACGACAUACUUCUUGUUGCACGACGUCUUUACUCCAGUUGCUCUUCGCGAAGAAAGCUCUGCCCCCGAUGCAAAAGUCGAGUUACAAAACUAUUCCGGGCUCUCCUCGUUCAUGUCAUCCUUUCAAUCCAGGCGUCUUAUGUUAGCGUCCACCACCAAAUCCUGGGGCAGAACACACUAUAAAAGCGUCGGAAUACCGAACACUGAAGGCCAAGUUUGUCUCAAGAAUGGCCUAGAGCUUCGACUAUUUGACACCUCAGAUGCAGUCUGGAUAUCGCAGCCUUUCGCUGGAGUCACAAUCUCCAGCGAUUGCACUUUCCUGUUACCACCAGGGCCUUACUCCAACCUUCAGUACGCUGUCGAUUCGACCGCACAUACGUCAAAUGAGGUUCUCGCCAAACAAUCUGAGUGCUCUCGGGAUCUCACGUUACAUGAAUACAUUUCGUUUUGUUCGCUUCGGGCAGGGGCUCGACUUCAAUGGCUUAACCUACUAAGAGAAUUACGCGCGCGGAUCUUGACUUUUUCGCAGGACGCCGUCGAGAUGUUAAUCGCCCAAACGGUUCUUCAGAUGGGACCGUUGUCACGUGAUGACCACUGGGAGUGGCAUCGGGAACUUUAUGAUCCUGUCUUUCAGUCGAGACUGCUUGACGAGCUGAAGGAUCUGAAAGAUAGUAUUCAAGCUAACUGGUCCGAAGUUGCAUCGAUGCGAACUAUCACCCUGCUGACACACCGCGUUUUAAUCUGGUGUGGAGAUGAUCAUGAGGAAGGUCGCACAGUUUUACAUUCAAACUUAAAAGAUUCCGUGCGAAUCGCUCAUGGAUGGAUGAAAGAAGUGUACGGAAAGCUCCAAAAGGCGAGUAACACAUCACAAGCCUCAGACCUUCAACUUCGCCUAUGCGAGAUGGCGGCCGCUUGCAGGAGCGCCGGUGACCUAGACUCACCGCGUUACGACGUGGCGCUCAUGGUGGAAGCCGGUUUGAUUUUGCGAGACAACAUGCCAGCAGAGUUGGCGACAACAAAUUCCUCGAAGGCCAGGCUAUUUACCCUUGAUAGGCGGCUACGCCAUUCUUUUGAACCAUAUCUCGCUUCAAUCAUCGCGAAUGGUAGCCGUACACCUUUCAACCAAGCUAUCCUCGAAUACUGGCCCGCGUACAAUCCGAAAACUCAUUGGGUUCAGCAAUCUGCACCUAAUGAUCGCUGGUUAUGUUCGAAAAGUAGCUCCCACGAAAUCGCCUUCAACAUGCUUGAGAGUCUGCUUUUGAUUGAUGGUAAACGUCUUGGCCGAUUACCUUUUGAAAUAAUGUCCCACCCCACGUACUCGAGGAUAUUGGGGCAGGCCGUUCUUGAUGCCGUUCCAUCAGACGAGUUUGGUGCACAGUUUGUGACGAAGACCUUUGUUUCUGGGUACCAGAUCUUUUUCAAUCUUUCGCCUGACACCAAUAAGCUUGUCAUUAAAGCCAAAUGCCGUAAGACCAACCGACAGUUCGAGGUAAUACCCCAUACGGAGUUGUUCGGCGAUCUACCUCAGUUCCUCGUCGAUGAUUAUGCGCAUUGGCUUGAUCUGGAUGAAGGUGUCAUUGAGCUUCGUCCGUUGUCCUCCCUAUGGGUACCUUCAUCCAUCAAUUGGCACCUCGAAUUCUUAAAUCCCAAACCCUUCCUCUGGCGAGAGUCAUCAUCUGGAAUCAUUCGGCUCAUUGACCCUUGUAGCCCCACUGCUGUCAUGAUUGCCGCUCGCCUACAUGGCUUUGAGUCGAGCAAAUUUCUGACUAUCUCGUGUUCGAUGGAAACACUGACAUUGACCAUUGAUGUUCCUCGAUACCGCCUUGCUUUCCAACUGAAUCUGGACGGUCAAUUGACCUGCCUGACCCUGCCCGAUAUGAUGGUCGAUGACAAUCAAUCUGCGGGAAUUAUGGUUGGGUUGCAAAGCCGACUUGUGUUGCGAGAUAGAACAUGCAGUACAAAGCGGGAACUGUUGGUUCCCAUUGGCGACAUCUCUUUUUCACCGAACGGCCACCAUACAUUAGUCACCAUUGAUACUGGUUCUCGACGUCGGGUCUCGUAUUAUAGAUAUGUGAUUGAUGACAUUCUUGGUCGCAUCGUGGAAAAUUCUGGUAUCCAUGCGAAACUCUACACGACCUAUCUCACUGCGAUCACAUCUCAUUGUCUUCCGGACCCGUUGACAGGCCGCAGGGGCACUGAAGAAGCAUUGCAUGAGCUGCGGUCGGCCAGCUGUCGGUCCUUUAUUCAACUAGACUUGGAGUCUCAACAUCUUCUCCAACAACUCGGGGAUUUGUCGCCGAAACGAAGAUAUUAUCCUGAGCAUCUUCGGUCCAUGCAGACCGUCGAGUGGAAGGCCUUGUCGUUUCUGUCUCAGAAUGACACCUUCCGCCGAUGCGCUCAAGAUAUCCUUGCCUUCGCACUGAAGCUCAAGUUGUUUGGGGAUAAAGAGUCUCUCUACGGCGAACAGGAGGAGUCAAAUUUCAAGUUUGAAGCUCUGACUGAGCGAGCAGCCCUUCGGAACUCGUGUUAUUACCCACCUGAAUUCCAUAUGUUACCUGAACCUUUGGAUCACCACUAUCCUUCCAGAGAUUUCAAGUCUGGUGACAAGUCGUGUCCCGAAAAUCUAGUGUUUUCGAAUUCAUCCUUGAUCGCAUCAUGGCCAUCGCAGCUCUCUACUACAUGUUCUCUCAAAGAAGAAUUCCUCAAACGGUGGCCCGUCAUUUCAGGUCCCGAUGCCGGUGGUAGUCUCCCGAAUGUUUCAUAUUGCCGUUAUUGGAUGGAGAAACCACUCUCAGAGACAUGGAUGCAUCUUUAUGAUUUACUACGACAAAAUGGUACAAACAUGUAUCAGGUAUUAUUUACCCUAUGCGCAAUAGGGUACAUGCAAACACAAUCCGAUACAAACGCCCUUGUUCCAACUUUGCUCGCAUUCGCAGUUAACCACAAGUUAUUUUCCCAGCAUCCGCCUCCCUCAUGGCAGAACUUUCCCCUAUCUGCAGGCUUUGAACCGAACAGAGAUCUUGUACUGGAAACUGUCCGGGAAUGUAGCAACCCAUUCAGAAGUGAGGACUAUGCUGAGGAGGUUCCAGAGACAGAUGAUCAUUUGAAACAGCGGCGCAAGGAGUGUUAUCGCCAAUACCUAGAAAGCGAAGCAGUGCAGAUGACUGAUCAUGCCAUAGCCCAGUGGCCGUGCACACGGCUAACUCCCAUGCCCCAUUCUUUCCGGGUCCUCGACAUCAGCCGUUGCCUUGGUGAAUUGAAACCUCUUUUUACGGAAUGGUAUCACAAUCACAAGCUCUCGACUCACCUCGAUAGUGUGCAGGCUGUGUUAGAUUCUCUCCGAACCAGCGAACCGGUUCGACGUCUGGGUGCUCCUUACAGCUUUGAUCGAAACCGCGGUACACAAAUCCCCAUACAUAGUGAAAGCCUGUCCUUUGUCUCGCUUGACGAGCUUUUCCGAACAAUCCCAAGCUGCCCUGUGCUAGAGCUCCCCCCUAUACGACCAUCCCCACUUACUUGUUCUCCGUGUCACCAGGCUCCCACCGAGACCGAACCCGAUUACCAUGAUUUACAUACCCUUGUCAACAGGCUGCAGGUCCGCAUGGGAUCCAUCAGCAACAUCUACGCUGACGAUCUCAAUAAAAGUUUAAAUGCUCUUCAGGCUCAAUCACGACAACAUACAGCAACUUCCGUGUCUUACGAGGACCGCGCAGGGCUUUAUGCUUACCAAGCAGAAUGUGAAACUCAUUUGUGCCAAAUGAUAAGAAACAUCCAGAAGUCGCUCGGUCCGACCGCGCAAAGUGCGGUAAUGUACCAAGCCGGCUUAUGGCCUCACCUCGAGCUUCGGUCACUUCUUGAAAGCCUUGCCUCGAUACGCUCUUCCAGCCUAUCCGCACAGUGGAUGGGCAUUUUACGACACUUGGCGCGAAGUUUACUUGUUUAUCAAAGGUCGCGAAGACUGCUGCGGCUAGCCCGACUGGAGAAGUACGACGACCUUCGGAAAGAGGCUGAAAUUGACCCUAGCGUCAUAAAGACUGAGAAUUCUGAUUGGUUAUUGCUUCAGGCGGACAGUGAUUUCCUUGCCAGACGCGUCCAACUCACCGUGGCCCAAGAGAUGAUUUCCCCAUCAGCUGACCAAAACACCCUUCUUCAACUCAACAUGGGAGAGGGAAAAUCAUCUGUCAUCGUUCCGAUGGCUGCUGCGACUCUUGCAAACAGAAAGAAGUUGGUUCGAGUCAUUGUGCUGAAAUCUCUUGCAGGACAAAUGUUUUCGCUGCUCCGUCAGCGACUCGGCGGUUUGACCAACAGGCAGAUCCUAUACCUCCCCUUCUCGAGAGCAAUGAAAGUUGGAAUGGAGGAAGCCGAGCAGAUCCGGGAACUGUUUCGGUAUGCGAUGAAUGCUCAGUCGAUUCUGGUUGCCCAGCCAGAGCAUAUUCUCUCGUUCAAGUUGAUGGCUAUUCAUCGACUUGUAGAGCGCGAGGCCGUAUCCAAAUCCCUGGUCGAGACGCAAUUAUGGCUCGAUCAAUAUAGUCGAGAUCUUUUGGAUGAGAGCGAUGAAAUACUACACACCCGAUAUCAGUUGGUAUAUACUAUCGGGAAUCAGCAGAUGGUGGAGAACGGUUCAGAUCGGUGGACUUUGAUACAACAGGUUCUUUCGCUUCUCAGAAAAUGCGCUCCCUCGAUUCGAGACUCGUUCCCGUCAGGGAUAGAGGUUGGAGACUCUUUGGGAAACCGUUUCCCUUCCAUCCGUAUCCUUCAGGCCGAAGCUGGAGCCCAGUUGAUCUCAGAAAUGCUCAGAAGGGUGAUGGAGGGAGCUGCGAGCUUUUACGUUGAACGCUUUCCGCUGCGCAUUCGAGAAAUUGCCAAAUCUUUCAUCAUGAAUGAGGUAUUAGUUACAGAAGAUAUGGAAGUUUUGAAGAAUCAGUGUUCCGAUCCCGCCUUUUGGAACGAUCUUCUGCUCUUGAAGGGAUUGUUUGGGCACGGUAUUUUGGUUUAUACGUUGAAAGAGCGGCGGUGGAGGGUAGAUUUUGGUUUGGAUCUUUCGAGAUCACUUUUGGCGGUACCAUACCGAGCAAAAGAUAUCCCGUCGUUGAGAGCGGAAUUUGGGCAUCCGGAUGUCGCGAUCGUUCUGACGUGCCUGAGUUAUCUCUAUGGCGGUCUAUCGCAAGCAGAGUUGGACACCUGUUUCCAGCUUCUAUUCAAGCUCGAUAAUCCGGAGCUAGAGUAUGAUCAUUGGGUGCGCUUCGCAAACAUUCCAGAGGGACUUCGAAGCAUCGCUGGUGUAAAUCUCAAGGAUUCCGAGCAACGACAAGGCCACCUCUUUCCUAUUUUCCGACACAACCACGCAUGUAUCGACUUCUACUUGUCCAACGUCGUUUUCCCAAAAGCCAUGAAAGAGUUCCCUCAAAAGCUUGCCACUAGUGGAUGGGAUUUGGCCUGCCGAAAAAAGCAGAUUACGACUGGAUUUAGUGGAACGAACGAAAACCGGUACCUUUUGCCGACAUCAAUUAGUCAAGAGGAUACCCCAGAGCGAAUCAGUACCAACGCCAGCAUGCUAGUCCUUCUUUCUCGACCAGAAAACGACUGGUACAUGUCUCCUUCCUCUCAGAAUCUAUCAGGAGGCCAAAUCAUUGAUGCCAUUGUGGACGAAACCGAGGGAUGUGACAUUCGGGUAUUACUUGAUGUCGGAGCACAGAUCCUGGAGAUGACCAAUAUUCAAGUGGCUCAAUACUGGCUUUCUCGGAGACCAGAUGCCUUGGCAGCUGUCUUUUUCAACGGGAGCGACGAGUUGGAAGUUAUGACUCGAGAUGGCUCAACAGAGAUCCUCUCCAUGUCUCCAUUUCACCAACGGCUUGAUGACUGCUUGGUGUAUCUGGACGACGCACAUACGCGUGGUACAGAUCUGAAACUUCCCACUACGUGGAAGGCUUGCGUUACACUUGGUCCCAAGGUUACGAAGGAUAGGCUAGCACAAGGUUGCAUGCGUAUGCGCAAAUUAGGACAUGGGCAAUCGGUAAUGUUCAUGGCACCUCCAGAUAUCGACACUGCCAUCCGCAAGCGAAGUAACAAACUUGACCCCUCUUCCAAGAUUAACAGUCGUGAUGUUUUGAUAUGGGCGAUGCUCGAAACGUGUGCGGAAAUUGAGCGUCAGGUUCCGCACUGGCUUCAACAAGGCGCCGACUUUCAUAGUCGCAAUGAAGGGUGGAAAGCUGUAUCGGCUGCACAAGGACCAUCUGCAGCUGUCGAGGCUCUCAGCUCUACCUGGUCACAACCGGAGGCACGCACUCUCCAAGACAUGUACGGAUGUUCUCCGAAUUUAGCGAAUGGUGAAUUGGUGGACAAGGCUCGAAAGAUUCCAGAGAUUCGGGCGCAUUGCGAGAGGCUGGGUGUAACCUCUGUCCUUGACCCUCGUUUGGCAGAGGAACAGGAACGAGAGGUUAACCACGAGAUCGAAAGAGAAGCGCAACUCCAAAGACCUCCCAGGGCACAAGCCGCUGAACAUGUCCUUCACCAACACGUUGAGCUGUUUGUGCAGUCGGGAUUUGAAGAUAUACUCACGCUAUCAGAAGCUUUUGGCCCAGCGUUUGUCGCCGUUCGAGAUGGUGUUGCCUGCAUUCGCAGCAGCACCGUUCCUCUCCAGCCCCUCAUCACCGCACCUACUACCUCUCCGAAAGCCAAGAAGAAGACCGGUCGGAAGAAAAGCAAAAAAUCUGAAGCGCAAACCAUGACGAUAACCCUGGUAGAGAACCUCACUUCAACAAAUCAACUCACUUGGAACCUAUCGAAAACCCUACUAUUAGCCACCCGAGAUUUCUUGAAAACUAUUCGGUCAACCUCGAGUAGUUCAACUUGCGACUAUCUGCGGCCAUUAAACUGGGUGUUGACCAGCUGCCAUAGCUCCUCCAUAGUGAUUCUGAGUUCACAUGAAGUCAAUCAACUACUCCCAGCGAUUCGUCAAAGUGAUGGCGUACGACUUCAUCUGUACACGCCAAGAACUAUCCAGUCCGUGAAGCCCACCGAUGACCUUCAGUUAUACACCAUCCCUUCUACCUCACCUGCGGAUGACUGGCCAACGCCGAACCAAGAGACGAUCGAUCACCUUAAUCUCUGUGCAGGUCAACUGUACUUUUCCGACUACGAGGCGUAUCUUCGUACUAGUAGCUUCCUAGGGCUCUCUACCCCAGAGGAUCAACACCACGAGAUGGAAAUCGAACAGGAUGGAUUUGUGAAACCUGAAAAUCGAGUUGGUCAGUUAGCGUUGAGGUGCAAGUUUGAGAAGAGUCCGGUACCUUAUUUGAAGGCUUUGACUGGGUUCAGGCGAAGGGGAAUUACAUUUGAGCCUACGCAUCUAGGGAAGCUCUUGCAUGGAAGGCUGCUUCGCAAAAGUGACUUUGAUUCAACCGAGGACUAGCUGAGUAGCGUUGUAUCCUGCAUAUCAGUUAUUGAAACAGUCAACGACGUGUAUAAUUUUCUCUAGUUAUUGCAUCAUUUUAGUAUAUUUCCGUUUUCGAAAAAGCUGGCGCACUGGCCGUGUGUUACCUCGACUCUUUACAAAGUACCAUAAAGUAAAUUUGAGUUUGCCG